CCGUGCCGUGCCGGGCCGGGCCGGGGGAGGUGGCGGCGGCGCCCGGUGCAGCCCGCUGCCCCCCCAGCGCCCGGCGCGGCGCCGCGGCCCCGGCAUGUCGCGGAAGAAGGCGGCUCGCAGCAAGGGCGGUGGGGCCGCGCCCUCCGCCGCGCUGCCCCCCGCCGCACAGGGCUCCGGCCGUGCUGGUGCCGGUACCGGUGCCCCGCGGGGCUCCGCGCCUGCCGUCCCCGAGCUGCCCCGCAGCGGCGGCGCGGCGGCCGGGCGGCCCUCGCUCAGCAGCAGCGGCGAGUUCUACGACCUCGCCUUCAAGGUGAUGCUGGUGGGCGACUCGGGGGUCGGCAAAACCUGCUUGCUGGUGCGGUUCAAAGACGGCGCUUUCCUCGCUGGCAGCUUCAUUUCCACGGUUGGAAUCGAUUUCAGGAAUAAGGUGCUGACAGUGGAUGGAGUGAAGGUGAAGCUGCAGAUCUGGGACACGGCCGGGCAGGAGCGCUUCCGCAGCGUCACCCAUGCCUACUACCGCGAUGCCCAUGCCCUGCUCCUCCUCUACGAUGUCACCAACAAAGCGUCGUUCGACAACAUCCAGGCUUGGCUGACAGAGAUCCAUGAAUACGCACAGCAAGACGUGGUCCUCAUGCUACUGGGGAACAAGGUGGAUUCAGCCCAGGACAGAGUGGUGAAAAGGGAAGAUGGAGAAAAAUUAGCCAAGGAGUACGGAGUGCCCUUUAUGGAGACCAGCGCAAAAAGUGGCCUCAAUGUCGAAUUAGCGUUCACAGCCAUUGCAAAGGAACUGAAGCACAGGUCCAUGAAGCUGCCCAACGAACCCAAAUUCAAGCUUCACGACUACGUGAAGAAGGAAGUGAGAGGCUCCGGCUGCUGCAGGUCCUAAUGCGCUCGGUGCAUUGUACAGAGACUCAUGCCAAGUGUUUGUGCGCCGCGCUCCCUCCUCGUGGGCAAUGUGUGCAUGUCUGUCUGUCGUGUCUGUAUCUGCCUAGAAGGUAAGCUGAGACAUGGGGAAUGAAGCAGCAGCAGAAAAAGCUCUCUGGGAUGGGGUGGGCACUGGCUGUGCUGCAGCCACAUGCCAGGCGCUGCUCCCUGAACCCCCAUUGCAUCCAUCCGCACCGUGAGCCCUUUGGCUGUCCUCGCCGGUCGCUCCCACCUGGCUCAUCCUGAUGCAGGUGGGAGGUGGGCGUUUGGGAAGGGACUGCUGGGGGCUGGGGUCUCACUGCUGCUCCCUCCGGCGCAGCGGCAGGUGGUAGACCCGGCUGUCUCCGCUUGUUCAGCAGCAGCCAGGAGCACGGUGGGGCAUCUUUAACGUUAGUAAGAGUUACGGUGUGAGGUAGGGGAACAAACGCCUUCUCCCCACCAAACAUCUGGGUAGGAAAAAGUCCUGAAUUCCCUUUUUUCCCCCCGUGUACCUGGAAGGCAGCUGCUCAGAGCCCUGGCCUGGGGCACGCAGGGAAGGCUCGUUUUCAGGGUAACCGUUUUUGUAGUUGCUUACUUCUGUCUGUCCCACUUGCGCAUGGUGUAAGACACCUCCUCGAUGAAGGUUUCUCCUCUCCCCUGCAGAAGACAAGAGCUUAGCUGUCUGUCCGAGUGAGCUCCUGCUGACCUACCUGUUGUACAGAGAUUUCCUGAAUGUUUAACUGGUUGGCGAAGGCUUUGGUUCUGCCGUUUCUAGUACUUUAAUUGAGAAGAAAUCUAAUGUAUUGCAGCUUAUUCUAAAUACUUUCAUGUAAGUGUGGUAGCAUUUUUAGACUGCAACAAUGCUUUGAUAUCUCCAAAGUUCUCUUGGGACAGCUUUUAACUGAGGAAAGCUGGGGGAAGGCUGUAGGCAUUGAUUUUGCAGGUUUCAGACUCUCCUGCCAGCUCUCUUCAAUGGACUGCUCACCUCUUUGGUCUGUGUCAGGCAUUUGGUGUGCUUUUUUUUU